AUGAGCCACUCGGGAUCAAUCGUGCCGUCGAGCAGCCAGGAUCGAUACACACACGAGCAACGGAAGCGGCAGAGGCACCCUGACACUCUUGCCCGUCUUGAACUGAGCCACAAUCGUCGCUACAGCCUCAUUCGCGCGCUCGUAUUCUGCCGUGCCUUUGGCCGCUUCGAGCAGUCUCGCGAGCUCGGCAAGGUCCUGCGCUCCCCUGGCCUUUCUGGCGGCAGCGUCAUCCUGAGCCCCCUUGAGCGGAAUCGUGGCCGCCUCAGUCAGUCCUCACAAGCCCCUUACCGCUCGACCGCACUCUGCCACACUCUCAGAGCGCGACUUGCCUUGCCCGUCCUCGCACUCAAAUUUUUGUCGACUGCUCGGCGUACGAUCAGGCCUGAGCCUACCAUGUCUCGGCCAGACGAGUAUGCUCGUCAGAGCGCCCAUGCAGCAGAGCCGCACGCAGGGUCAGCAAGCGAGGACGGUCAAGCUGUAGCGCUCGCCUUACCUAGGCGGUCAAAGCCAACUCAUUCAGCCGUCUGGUCCCUCUCCGCUGCCCCUGCUUCACCAGCGCCUGCUCCUUCUGAUGGUCAGACGACUACGCCCGUACCGGUGACAGUCUGCGACAAACACAAUCGGCCUGAUCGCGUGUGCUGUCGCGAGCUGAAGGGAGACGACGAACGUACCUUAGUCGACCCCGCCGUCGUCAGAGACGUCAUCAUCGGUCUGUCAGAUGGACUGACAGUCCCCUUUGCUCUCACUGCCGGCCUUGCCUCCUUGGGAUCCUCAAAACUUGUCGUCGUCGGCGGACUGGCGGAGAUCAUCUCGGGCAGCAUCUCAAUGGGAAUCGGCGGAUUCUUGGCUUCUGAGGCAGAAAGAGACCACUUUCGCUACCUGCGCAAGACAACACAGGAACGUGUCAAGCGGUCUUGUGCCGGCGAGAUGGAGAGAGAAGUCCACGAGGUGCUGGGGCCAGUCGGCAUAGAUCAGAGCCUAUCUCGGAGAGUAGCCUCUGCGCUCGCCAAAGUAGAGACCCAGUUCGAUUCGUCUGCAUCUGAGGAGGAUUCUCAACACACCGCAGUCAACGCCGAGCCGUCCAUGUGGCGACAUAUCAUGAAGACCCUCUCGCGGUCCCCAAAGUCAGCUUUGGGUGACACCGAGUCUGCAAACGGCAAUGCGAAGCUCAGAUUCGAGGAAGACGUCGGCCUUACUGCCUUUCUGCUCAAGUUCGGCGAGGGUCUCGAGGACGUGCCAGACUCCCGAUUGUACAUCUCUGCCCUCACCAUCGGCGCGGGCUAUGCAGUCGGCGGUCUGAUUCCCAUGAUACCUUACUUCUUCGAAGCGAAUGCCAAGAUUGCGCUCAUCUAUUCGAUCAUCGUGACAGCCAUCAUCCUGCUCGUUUUUGGCGCUUUCAAGGCAUACUAUACCGGCGCAAAGAUUGGCUUCUUUGGCUACCUACGAGCAUCCGUAUCAACCUUCCUCGUCGGCGGCCUGGCAGCUGCGGCCUCUUUCGGCAUCGUGCGUGCGCUAGAAGGCGGAGAGGGUUCUGACGAGCCUACUCGACCUCACUCGUCUGUGCUGCUCAGGUCUGCUGGCCUAUAG